UCAAGUGACAGCAGAUUUUAUGCUGUAGAACUAGAGCACGUGCAGUAUUUGGUUAGUGACUUCUUGAUACUGUUGUCAAAGAAAGAUAGUUAAUAGCCUGUCUUAAAAAUGAGUACUUUGUCAUAUGAGCCUCAGUAGCAUGUUUGGUCAGCCCGGGGGCGCAAUGUCUUGGAGACUCUCCAUUCGUCCAGUGGAGCAUGAUGUUUUACUUUAAGGGAUGUCGCUGCUGCUAAGACACUUCGACAUUCGAUUUGUAUCAACGGUCUUUAUGUGAUGUGACCCUUAAAACUCCUUGAUCAUGUCCACCAAAUCAUCUUUGCUGAAGGUAAUUCUUCUUGGGGACGGUGGCGUGGGAAAGUCCUCUCUCAUGAACCGUUAUGUCUCCAACAAGUUUGAUUCACAUCUAUUCCAUACAAUCGGUGUUGAGUUUUUAAACAAAGAGCUAGAGGUGGACAAUCACACGGUCACCCUACAGAUCUGGGAUACAGCAGGCCAGGAGAGGUUUAGAAGUCUCCGAACACCCUUUUACCGAGGUUCUGACUGCUGUCUGCUUACAUUUAGCGUGGAUGAUAAUCAAAGUUUCCUUAACCUCAACAAUUGGAAAAAAGAGUUUGCAUUCUAUGCAGAUGUCAGGGAUCCGGAUAAAUACCCAUUUGUUGUUCUAGGGAAUAAAGUAGAUGUAACAGAGCGUCAGGUGUCAAUGGAGGAAGCUCAAAGGUGGUGCAGAGAGAAUGGUGGUCAUCCAUACUUCGAGACAAGUGCCAAGGAUUCCACUAAUGUACCAGCAGCUUUUGAGGAAGCUGUUUGGCGUGUACUUGCAUCCGAGGAUCGCGCAGAGCAUCUGUUGCUCACAGACACUGUUGACCUGCGCAGGAAGCCUCGCUCGAAUGGCACAUGUUGUUGAUGCCCUGUAUUGAAAUGGCCAAAACUGAAAAACUGUUUACAAUGUGUAAAUCUGCAAGUUCUAAACAACAGAUGCCAGACAAACAUUUUAUGUGCAGUAUGAUACAUAUUUUGUAUCAUUGCAGUCAUUACAGAGCUCCAUCAUCUCACACGUGUCCUGCUCUGAACAAGCAGAAUCAGAAUCAGCUUUAUAGCUUUAAUGAACACUAAUGCAGAGACUUAAUAUAAUCUCUCUGUGUCACAUUCCUUUGUCAACUUGAAAAGCUCUGGAUAACAUUCCUGUGUGCUUUAUUUAUAUCAUGAAUCUCAGUAAACCAAACAGCGAUUGAGAAAUUAGUUUAUGUGCACUUAGACAAAUUCUAAUGUUCUUGACAACUGAGAAAUAAAUGUCAGCUUUUGUACUCAUGAACACUAGUACAUACUUGUGUUUCUGUCUCAUUUGCUGAGUACUUCUUAAUGUACAUGCUUUAAUUGCCUUUAGCAACUGUCUGUUUUAGUUUUUUUAUGUAUUUAUAUCAUACAUUGUUUAUGUGAAUUGAAUUUUCAAAGGGCUGGGAUGUGGAGAUGAUCUUGCAUUAUAAGCCAUUUUGGAAUGAGCCUUUCUGAGUCACAUCACUUAAUUGCCUUUCUGAGUUACAUCACUUAAUUUUCAAUGGGCUUUGGAUGACUCGAUACUCAUAAUUUAUAUGUCAUCUGUAAUUUUGUUUUGUUAAAUAUGUUUGAAUAUAAAAAACUGAACAGAAGAACUUUUGCCAUAUUUAUACUGUUGUUGCUGUAUGUUGAUUUUGCAUCUGACAUAUGUGCAAAAUUUCAGCCUAUAUACACAUUUGGGUAUUCAUUAAUUUAAUUGAAACAUCAUACUA